AUGCAGUUUACCUCAUUUUCAAAUGCUUCUACCUCCACUGCUCCUACUGGGGUCUCAUUUGGUGCCCCAUCAACUUUGUCUGGAACACUUGGUGGUACAACUUUGGGAUUUGGAUUAAAAUUCCCUGGAGCAGGUGGAGUGGCUCCUGUCACAUCUACUACAGUGUCAACCACCAACACCACAGCCACCAGGGGCUUUACCUUGAAUCUAAAACCGCUGACAUCAACUGAGAUUAAUAGCACUGUUCAGGUCGGCAUUACUUCUAUACUUUUUACUUUCACUGUUAAUACAAUCAUAACUCCUGUGAUGACCUAUGGUCAGCUGGAUGGUCUGGCAAACAAAUGGAGCCUUGAGUUAGAGGAUCAAGAGAAACACUUUCUUCACCAGGCCACCCAGAUCAAUGCUUGGGACCAUACAUUGAUUGAGAAUGGUGAGAAGAUCACUGCUUUACAUGGAGAAGUAGAAAAAGUGAAACUGGAUCAGAAAAGGCUGGAACAAGGAUUGGAUUUUAUCCUGUCACAGCAGGAAGAACUAGAAGAUCUCUUGACCCUUUUAGAGGAGUUUGUAAAGGACCAGAGUGGGUCUAUUUAUCUGCAGCAUUUAGAUGAGGAACAUGAGAGGACUUACUAGUUAGCAGAAAGUGUAGAUGCUCAGCUGAAACGAAUGGCCCAAGAUCUCAAGGACAUUAUUGAGCACCUGAAUACAUUUGGAAGUCCUGCUGACACUACUGACAUGCUCCAGCAGAUCUGCAAAAUUCUGAAUGCUCAUAUGGACUGUCUACAAUGCAUUAAUCAGACUUCAGGUAUGCUGCAAAGGAAGGUAGAAGAGGUAACACAAGUUUUCGAGCAUCAUUAUUGCAAGGAGCAGGAGCGCAAUGUCAGGAUUGAUCUUGAUUGA